AUGGUCAGCUUUCUACCUCCUCCCCUUCUUCCUGUUCUCCUCCUCCUCCUCCUCCUCCUCCUCUCAGGAAUUUCAGGUGAAGAGUUCCAGGUGAACCAGCCUGAGAAGUUAGUGUCAGUCAACACUGGAGAUGCUGUAAUCUUGGGCUGCAACAUGUCUACUCUGUCCCCAGAAGGGACCAUCUUGUGGUUCAAGGAUACUGGACCAAAACGACAAUUAAUCUACAGUUUCAAAGGAAGCCACUUUCUCAGAGUAACCCAAAUGGAAAAUAACGACAUGGCCAGCCAAACAAACUAUUCCAUCUGUAUCAGUAAUGUGUUACCUGAAGAUGCUGACACCUGUUACUGUGUCAAGUUAAGAAAAGGGCAUCCAGACCAGUAUAUGUCUAGACAAGUCACCUAUGUACAAGUAAAUGGAAACACAGAUGAAAUGUUCAUGGUGCAACAAGUUGAGAUAUCACAGACUGUAACAACUGGGGAAACACUCACUUUGAGUUGCAGUGUACCAGAUCCAUUUCCAAAUGGACCUGUCUUAUGGUUCAAGGGGACUGGACUAAAUCGUGAAUUAAUCUACGAUUCCAAAGGAGGAAUCUUUCCCAGUGUAAAACAAAUUGGGAACAAGGCUGGCAACACAGACUUUUCCAUCUGCAUCAGUGAAAUCUCUCUUGUAGAUGCCAGCACCUACUUCUGCGUGAAGUUCAAGGAAGGGAAACCUGACAUAGAAUACCAGUCAGGUCGGGGCACUACGGUGAUUGUUAUUGUUGAGUAUGGCUCCUCUAUCCCUUGGUAUAUGAUAUCCCCUCUGUAA